AUGUCGGCGUCAGUUGUGUCUGUGAUUUCGCGCUUCUUAGAAGAGUACUUGAGCUCCACUCCGCAGCGUCUGAAGUUGCUGGACGCGUACCUCCUGUAUAUAUUGCUGACCGGAGCGCUGCAGUUCGGUUACUGUCUCCUGGUGGGGACUUUCCCCUUCAACUCUUUCCUCUCGGGUUUCAUCUCUUGUGUGGGAAGCUUCAUCCUGGCGGUUUGUCUGAGAAUACAGAUCAACCCACAGAACAAAGCGGAUUUCCAAGGCAUCUCCCCGGAGCGAGCCUUUGCUGAUUUUCUCUUUGCCAGCACCAUCUUGCACCUUGUUGUGAUGAACUUCGUUGGCUAA